AUGGGCUUCUGGUACACGCUGCUCGGUGUGGCGACUGCUGUCGCUCAAGUGGUGCUCAAUCUGAGUCCCGUUCCCGAUAUUUCGCGUGUCCAUCGUCGCAAGCGGAUCGGCGAGCUGGCUGCGCUCCCGCUGGUCGCCAUGGUGGUCAACUGCCACUUUUGGUUGGUCUACGCUUACGUGACGGACAGUAUGUUCCCGCUCUUCACAACGCAAGUCUUUGGCCAGCUCGCUGCGAUCGUGUACAAUGCAGUCUAUUAUCGUUGGAGUGAGCCGGAGAAGCGCGAAGAGCUGCAGAAGCUGUACGCGUGGGCGUUCGCUGUGCACUUCGAAGUCGGGGCGUACCUCGGAUACGUCGGCAUCGUUAUCGACGUGUGGAUGUUCGCGUCCCCAUUGGGCACUCUGAAGCACGUCAUGGAGACCAAGCCCGCGGCUUCGAUCCCGAUCAACUUAAGCCUUAUGCUUUUUUGUGUCGACGUCGCGAUCGUGUUCUACAUGAUCUACCGCCCAACCGGAGACGAGGACGUGGUUCAAGAUCUAGAUCAUAGCGAGGUGUCUGUUGUUGUCGCCUCGCCGAGCGCCAAGUGUGCGGUCUCCAUCCAGAGCCCGAUGUAUAAGAUUCUGGCGUCACCAACGACCUGCAACACCGAGUGA